AUGGUCUGGGACCUGGAGGCUGCGCGCAUUACAUCUCUACCAGACGAUACAUUCUACAUACCGAAUUUUAUCUCCGAAGAAGAAGAGCAGGUCUUGCUUCAAAAGAUAUCAUCAGCGCCCCUCCCCCGCUGGACUCAUCUAACACACCGGCGCCUCCAAACCUGGCCCUCCGCUCUAACAAAAACAAACACCCUCCUCUCCUCCCCACUUCCGUCCUGGCUGAUAACACCCAUUAUCGAACCCCGCUUCAAACAACUAGGCAUCUUCGCCGACGCACCACACGCCGCACCAAACCAUGUCUUAAUCAACGAAUACCGCCCCGGUCAGGGGAUUAUGCCGCACGAAGAUGGACCGGCGUAUUAUCCGCUCGUGGCGACUGUGAGCUUGGGGGCGGCUAUUGUGUUGGAUCUUUAUGAGAAGGAGGGCGAGGAGGGAAAAGAGGAUCUACGGAUACCACGGUUCCGGGUCUUACAGGAGAGGAGGAGUUUGUUGGUUACUCGGGGCAAGAUGUAUACGGAUUUCUUGCAUGGGAUUGCGGAGAGAGUGGUGGAUGGGGAUUUGGGGGCUGAGACGGUUUGUAAUUGGGGGUUGUUGGGGGAGAAGGAUGGGUUUAUGGGAGGAUCGUAUGAGAGGAUGACCAGGACGAGUUUGACGUAUCGGGAUGUUUUGAAGGUUGCCAAGGUAGGGAAUACGUUGAAGUUUUUGGGAGGUCGGUGA